UCAGGACCACUAGCAUCUCAGGAGACAGACGCAGGGAAGAUGGAGCACACUGAAAUGGUAAAGCCAGAAACCCUGGAUGAUCUGAUUCAAAUUCUCCACCAAAUUUUCGAAAGUGACAGUGUCAAUAUUGAGGAGGUGCAGAGUAUUAUGGAGGCAUACGAAAGUAAACCGCAGGAAUGGAAGAAAUUUGCAAAAUUUGACCAAUACAGGUAUACCAGGAAUCUCAUCGAUGAGGGCAACGGCAAAUUUAAUCUUAUGAUUCUGUGUUGGGGUGAAGGGCAUGGCAGUAGUAUCCAUGACCAUGCAGACUCACACUGCUUCAUGAAGCUUCUGCAAGGCCAGCUGAAAGAGACUCUCUUCAAAUGGCCUGAUGGUAAAAUGCAUGGUGACAUGGUCCAAAAAUCUCAGCGCGUCUUGCAGGAAAACCAGUGUGCUUAUAUUAAUGAUUCCAUCGGCCUGCACCGGGUAGAAAAUGUCAGUCACACAGAAUGUGCAGCCAGUUUGCACUUGUACAGCCCUCCUUUCCAGUAUUGCCGGACAUUUGACCAGCGAACGGGACACAAGAACACAGUCAAAAUGACAUUCUGGAGUAAAUAUGGCGAGAGGACACCAAUUGAAACUACAGUCUCACAAGAAAAUAACUGAGAAUGGGAAAGACAAAACUUUACAUUCACAAAUUCAGGCAUGAUUAAAAUAGUAAAGUAAAAUUGCGAAGGACGUUUGGAAUAGGGACUGAGUAAUUCAAGAGGUUUUGUCAUGACCCAGUGUAAGCUUGGCAAAUGCUGCUGAACACAUUCUAAGGGGCCUGAAUAGCAGAAUGUGGCUGGACUGCCUCAGCAAUCUGUUCUUUGUUCACUAGGUUAGAGAAAAGUCCUUCCUAACAGCAUUCCUAAGCGCCUGUGGCCUGUAUAAUCAUACUUUUGUACUGUUACUGGGCCUUAAAUUGUUUUGCCUAAAAAUUUAAUUUAUGAGAAGAAGAUAUUUUAAUUUUUUUGCAUUGUGGUGACAAAAAAAAAGUAAUUACCUAAAAGGCCAUUCAUAAAUUUAAUACCUUUAUGUAAAAUGGAGCACUUUCUUUUAUUGAUGUGUUAAUUUCGAUGUAAACUGGCAUGGUUUAUGACCUCCACAUUGUAACAUAACACCAUAUGUAGUCUAAAGACUUAUUUUUUUAUACAUUUCAUUGUCAUCAAGUUCCGUAUGUAAUUUACUGUUAGGAGGAGCAAAAAGGGUAGUAAUUGUGCUUCUUAUUAAAAUAGAAGAUAUCUUAUUUAAAAUUGAAAUUAAGUCUUACAUAACAAUGAUUUUUAGGUAAAAGUAGAGUAAGAAUUUAGUUGUACAUUGACUGAUACUUGUUUUUCAAGUUAUAACUAUAGAGGUAUUUAUAGGUUUGAAUGGUUUGAACAGCAUGUUCUAGCAACACUGCUUAUUCCACCAGCCAAACAUUAGGAUGAUGAAGCUUCGUUCUAACUGUACAACAUUAAAUAAUAUUUCUGUAAAAUGUUCCCAAUCAUUUUUGUCUGUCCUAUGUAAUAAAUUCUUUGGUGCUAAUUGCCUGA